AUGACGAGUCGACCGUUGCAGAUGCUGGGGGGAGCGUUGGGGGCGAUGGCUCCGAGUGACUCGUUGUUCCAGGGCGCCAAUGAAGGACCCGCCCAAACGGCAGCCAAAUUGACGGGGGUCCAAACCAUCGGCAAGCGGGCCGACGAUGCCUCGUACUUCACCAACAAUGAAGGCAUUCCCUUCCCCGAUCCCGCCCACAGCAAGACCGCUGGUGGCAUCCCCGUCAUCUCCGACACUUUUCUCAUUCAGAAGCAGCAACACUUCAAUCGCUCCAAGAACCUGGAGCGUAUGGUGCAUCCUUGUGGCAGCGGCGCCUUCGGAUACUUUGAGACCACCAAAGACGUCUCCUCACUGACCAAGGCCAACUUUCUACGAUCGGCUGGGGUCAGAACCCCCGUCUUCGUCCGUUUCUCCACCGUCACGCUCGGCAGAGAAUUCCCCGAUCUCGCCAGAAACCCCCGUGGGUUCGCCAUCAAAUUCUACACCGGCGAAGGCAACUAUGACAUUGUGGGAUUGAACUUCCCCGUGUUCUUCUGUCGCGACCCGAUCCAAGGACCCGAUGUGAUCCGCUCUCAGUACCGAAACCCGCAGAAUUUCCUGCUGGACCACAACUCGUUGUUCGAUCUGCUGGCGAACACGCCCGAGGGGAACCAUGCCGGCAUGAUGUAUUUCAGCGACCACGGUACUCCAGUCGGAUGGCGAAACCAGCACGGCUACGGCUGUCACACCUUCCGGUGGGUCAACGCCGAAGGGCGCUUCGUCUACAUCAAAUACCACUUCCUUGCCGACGGGGGCCAGAAACAGUUCACCGCCGACGAAGCCCAGCAGCACGGCGGCGCCGACCCGGACUACUCCAAGCGCGACCUGUGGAAAGCCAUCGAGAACGGCGAGAAGAUCUCCUGGACGGCCCACGUCCAGGUCAUGCAGCCGGAGGAGGCCGAUCCGAGCCUGCUGGGCUUCGACCCGUUCGAUGUGACCAAAGUGUGGCCGCGCGACAAGUUCCCAAUGAUGGAGUUUGGGAAACUCGUGCUCAACAAGAACCCCGAGAACUACCACCGCGACGUCGAGCAGGCCGCCUUUUCGCCCGGUAGCAUGGUCCCCGGCAUCGAGGACAGCCCGGACCCGCUGCUGCAGUUCCGCAUGUUCUUCUACCGGGAUGCGCAGUACCACCGCAUCGGCAUCAACCUCCACCAAGUCCCCGUGAACUGCCCUUUCAUGACCCAAUCCUACUCCUCGCUCAACUUUGACGGCCAGAUGCGCGUCGACGCCAACCACGGGCUGAAACCGCAGUACGUGCCCAACAGCUUCGCCAACAAGUUCCGCCCGGACACCGCGGAGUGCCCCUACCAGGUGGCGGACAACAACGUGGGCCGCAAAUCGCACUUCUACCACGAGGGCCAGGACUCGGAGUACGACCAGCCGCGCGAGCUGUACCACCGGGUCCUGACCGAGACGCAGCGCCAGCAUCUGCACGACAACACGGCGCGGCUGCUGCGGCUGGUCGAGUACCCGGAGAUCCAGGCCAAGUACCUGGCGCAGUUGUACCGGGUGGCGCCGGGGUACGCGCAGGGGGUUUAUGAUCUGUUGCCUGAGCAGAAGUUUGCGUUUGCGGAGGUGGAGAAGCGGUCGCAGGGGGCGGAGCGCGCGGGCAAGACGGCCAAGUUUAUGCCCAGCGUGGAGACGGACAAGUUGGUGGGGAAGUGUCCGGCGAUGCCCAUUUAUAAUUGAUAUUUCUCUGUACGCUACGAGUUAUUGGAAUUGGAGUUUAGGAACAAGGUCUGUUCGAUUGCGACACAGCUAUCUUGACCAUCAGUAUGUACAGACGAGCCAAGCUACAUCCUGCAUUUCAACAAGGACAAGAGCGCAUCC